CUCACGGAUUUUAAAAACACGCGUGCCUUGGAAAUUUUUUCCGAAUUUCAAAACCCAAUUUUACAUUAUUUCUCUCCUACUAACAAAGUACAGCUAGACUCUAGCUAGUGAACUUGUAAUAACUUCAUAUUAUUGUCUAACCCCAACUACCAUACUACCUCCAUAAAUACUUGCCUAUUUCUCCCUAUAAAUUAGCUUCUCUUUUUUCUUCUUUUCUUCAACUCUUUCUCUCUCUUAAUCCUCUCAUUAAUCUCUCUUUAAAUUGUUAGAUUAAGCAACUCAUUAACAAGGUUUUAAUUUGGUGUUCUUUUUGUCUCUACUCUUACUCACAUUUGAAGACUAUACAUUUAAUUGCUUGGAGAAUAGUUUAAGGAUGUCGAUGGUGGAAGUUCUAGUGCCAAACCUUGAUUGUGAAGGAUGUGCAUCUAAAUUAAAGAAGGCUCUUUACAAGCUCAAAGGAGUCGAGGAUAUAGAAGUAGAAAUGGACACACAAAAGGUGACAGUAAAAGGGUAUAGACUAGAAGAAAGGAAAGUAAUCAAGGCUAUUAAAAGAGCAGGAAAAGCAGCUGAACCAUGGCCUUUUCCUUCACAUUCUCACUAUGCUUCAUUUUACAAGUACCCUUCCUACAUUACCAACCAUUACUAUGACACUUCUAAUGGCGCCGCCCCAAGUGUCCACGCUUUCUUCCAUACUCCGUCUGUGUACUCUGUGGCCGUGGCAUCCGAUGAGGCCGUGGCUUCCAUCUUCAGUGAUGAUAAUCCUCACGCUUGUAGCAUAAUGUAAAUUCAUGUAGUAGUAAUUAGUGGCAUGACCUAGAUCACUUUUGCAUAUUGCACAUUGUGUUCUAGGAAGUGUAUGAUCGAUGUAUUGAUUGAUUAUUUUAUGUAUUAUGAAAGUGUACUGUGACCAUUUUUUUAAAUCUCUGAAUUUUUUCUUUUCAUCCAAAGUUUCAAGUGCAUUACAUACAAAGUAUAUGCUUCCCCCUAAUUUAAUCACCAUAUUUUGAGUGUUUUAACUCAUGUGUAA